AUGAUCAUGAUCAAACCACCCACCACCGCGCUUACGUUUCUCAACCGCUUAUCUACAAGCACACAAUUUCACCCAUCUCCAAUGAGACGACCACGAAAGUUUUCCAUUGCCAUCACAACUGUUCUUGGUAUCGCUUUGGCGUAUCUAUACAUAAACAUCAAUCGCGGUACGAUGCCAGUGAGCCAGCAUCCCCAGCCGCUUCCGAGACAUUCCCCGAAAUGCAUUGUUGUCGGAGCAGGUCUAGCAGGACUCUCGGCCGCCAGCCAACUACUUACCCACAACAUCCCCGUACUCCUCCUAGAGCGUGCGGCGAAGCCAGGUGGCAACUCGAUCAAGGCGUCCUCGGGGAUAAACGGCGCUCCAACACGCUACCAAUCUGGAGCCGAUGAUGCAUUCUUCUCGGAUACGGUCAAAUCGGCGGGGAAAGCUAUAUAUACAUGGACAACCCAUCGCGAAAAACUCAUCGGUGCGCUGACGGAUCAAAGCGCGGGUGCCAUUGACUGGCUGGUCGACGAGAAGUUUGUGGAUCUGAGUCAAGUGGCGAUUCUGGGAGGCCAUUCGGUUGCUAGGACCCACCGGGGAAAAGGAGGGACACCGCCUGGGUAUGCCAUAAUCUCAGCACUGCUGAAUAGCUUGGAGAAAUCUCCCCUCUUCCGCAUUCGCACAGAGUGUACAGUGACCGAGAUCCUGAAGGAGAAGUCGAGCGUCAGUGGUGUGCGCUUCAAGUGCAAAGAUGGAACCGAGGACGAGAGAGCCAAUGGACCAGUGGUGUUCGCCGCAGGAGGUUUCGGCGGCGAUACACAUGGUCUUCUUACCAAACACCGUCCUGAUCUCUCCGGCUUUCCGGCAACCGUCGAGACGCGCCCUGGAGCUCAACCUCUUCUCACGGAAGUCGGAGCGCAGCUCAUCGAUAUGGACCUGAUUCAGGUCCACCCUACUGGCUUUGUAGAUCCCGCUCAGCCAACUCUGUUUUCAAAGUUCCUCGCGGCAGAGGUGUUGCGGGGCGAAGGCGGAAUCCUGAUGCGCAAUGGGGAACGAUUCGUGAAUGAACUCGACAUGAGGGAGAACGUAACUAGUGCCAUCACUGCACUCCCCUCAAACGAAAGCUCGCUAAAGCAGUGGGAUGUCCAGUUAGUUCUCGAUGAAAGCGUGUACCAAGCAUGCAAGUCGCACGUAGACUUUUACAUCUUCAAAGGCUUGAUGAAAAAGACCCAUCUAUCAGAACUCGGCCCUGCCGCUCUAACGACUCUCCAGAACUAUGUAAAAAUCUUCUCAGGCGGACAGAAAGAUGAGUUCGGACGGUCAGAGUUCUCGAAUUGGGGUCUGUCAGACCCAACACCUGAGUCUGUAGUGUAUGUUGGAACGGUAACACCAGUUGUACACUUCACCAUGGGCGGCGUGGUUGUGGACGAGAACGCCCAAGUCCUCGAUAAGCAAAUGAAUCCAAUAGAGGGUCUAUGGGCAGCCGGUGAAAUCACCGGUGGUGUACAUGGUACCAAUAGAUUAGGAGGCUCGUCGUUGCUUGAGUGUGUUGUUUUUGGCCGAAUCGCUGGGAAUAUGUGCGCAACAUACAUAGGCAAAGAAGAAAGGUAGGAUACACGAAUAAGCUGUAAUGGCAAGUGCUUAACAUACGUAAUCAUACACGAUGAAGAGAUUGUUGUUUCGUCCAGGUUUACGACAAGUACUCUAUCUCCACGACAUGUUGGCGGUUGUUGUGUGCGACCUUGGCAGUCUCUUUCGGGAUUUUCACCUCGAAUGACAUCUCCAAUCCUGGGCCUUAGCAGCCUUUCAGCUCAGUCUCUUGAUAUUCAAAUAAUGAAC